AUGGCUGCUUGUUUGAGGGCAGGGGCUUUGGCAGGCGGUCAGGCCGGCAGACUAUCGACCAGCUUGAACGGAAGUUUAUUUGGGAAGUCAUUUUCGUCUCUUUCCUCUGCUGGACCAACGCUGCGCCUCCGAAAGUCGCACGGCGUUCGAGCUGUAGCCGAGGAUAACAAGGUCAAGGAGGAGCUCCAGAAGAUCGCAUCUGAAGCGUCCAAGAAAUUCCAGAAGAUUACUGAAGGCGCUUCGCACGUCUUAGAAGACGCUGCCCAUGCCAUUGAAGACAAGGUUAAGCUUCCAACCCCCGAUGAGCUGCAAGAGCUUCAGGUGCAAACCCAGCAAGCAGCAUCAGAGGUGAAGCAUAAGGCCGAGAUUCUGGCAGAGCAACUUAAAGUCCAAGCUGAGAAGGCAAAGGUGCAGAUUAAGGAGCAGGCGGAGAAAGCGUCGCAUCAGAUAGAAGAAGCGCUGCAUCACGUGGAGGAGAAUAAGGAUCAGAUUGUUGCUGUUGCUAAAGACGCUCCGGAACCCAUCAGGGAGAUUGUGGAGACAGCCGUGUCAUCACAUUCUAAGGACGCUAUCAGGAGAGGAGCUGUGAUUCAUGACUUCUGUCUGGGAAUCCCAUAUGGUGCCCUGCUGGUGGUCGGAGGGGUGACCUGGUUCACUCUGGCAGGGAGCGUCAACGCCCUUCGAUUUGGCAUGAUCGUUGGGGGUAUUAUUCUCGCGUGUAGCAUCUCCAGCCUCCAUGCCUGGCAGAAUCACCGUCCUUCCGCACUGUACAUUGCUAUUCAAGGAGUGCUGUCAAGCUUUGUGUUCAUCAAUGAAGCAACUCGCUUCGCUGUGACCAAGGCACUCUUCCCAACUGGCUUGGCUGCACUUGCAAGCUUGUUCAUGGUGGCCUUCUAUACGUACAUUUUCAUGUCUGGAGGAAACCGUCCGAAGGCACAAACACCUAGCCUUGCAUAG